CUACGCUCGAUCGCUGGUUCCCGAAACUCGAAAUCGAAUCUCGUGUUUAAAAAGUUUGCUGCGCGUGCGAAGAUUUCUGCAUAUAAAACCGUUGCGUAAAUCAACAGCGACAGUAACAACAUGUCGACGCAAGAACAGCAGCAACAGCAGCCGCAGCAACAACAACACGUGGGGGAGCAACAGGUGAAGUCGACCUCGACCUCGGUAUCGACCAUUCCUACAAUAAGUGAGAGCAAGGAGCUAACCGGUUUGACGCAUGAAUGCGGUGUCUUUGGUGCCAUUGCUUGCGGGGAUUGGCCCACGCAAAUUGAUAUUGCUCAUGUGUUAUGCUUGGGCCUGGUAGCACUACAACAUCGAGGCCAGGAGUCCGCGGGCAUAGCCACCAGUGAAGGCAAAUGCUCCAAGAACUUCAAUGUGCACAAGGGAAUGGGUAUGAUUAGUACACUGUUCAAUGAUGACUCCAUGAAGAAGCUGCGCGGUAACCUUGGCAUAGGUCAUACACGUUACUCCACUGCAGGAGGCUCCGGAGUGGUUAAUUGCCAACCAUUUGUGGUUCACACGGCUCACGGAGCAAUGGCUCUGGCCCACAACGGUGAGUUGGUGAACAAUGAAUCUCUACGAAGGGAGGUGCUGGGACGCGGUGUUGGAUUGUCCACGCACAGUGACAGUGAACUGAUUGCCCAAUCGCUGUGUUGCGCUCCCGAAGAUGUUUCUGAACUGGAGGGACCCGAUUGGCCAGCUAGAAUUCGCCAUUUCAUGACCCUGGCCCCCCUUUCCUAUUCAUUGGUCAUAAUGUUAACGGAUAAGAUCUAUGCCGUGAGGGACACCUAUGGAAAUCGUCCAUUGUGCAUUGGUAAGAUUAUGCCCAUCAAUUCGGGUCAUGCUGGUCAUGGUGUGUCUGAUACACCAGCCGAUGGCUGGGUGGUAUCCAGUGAGAGCUGCGGCUUCCUCUCCAUUGGAGCCCGUUAUGUGCGUGAAGUGGAGCCAGGAGAGAUUGUGGAACUGACACGAAGUGGCUAUCGCACUGUGGAUAUUGUGGAACGGCCGGAUUUUAAGCGCAUGGCAUUCUGCAUCUUUGAGUAUGUGUAUUUUGCCCGUGGUGAUAGCAUCUUCGAGGGUCAAAUGGUCUACUCUGUGCGCCUGCAAUGCGGACGACAAUUGUGGCGCGAGGCUCCCGUUGAAGCGGAUCUUGUCAGUUCGGUGCCCGAAUCGGGCACAGCUGCUGCUCAUGGCUAUGCCCGAGAGUCGGGCCUGGAAUUCGCUGAAGUUCUGUGUAGAAAUCGUUAUGUGGGUCGUACCUUCAUUCAACCAUCCACUCGACUCCGUCAACUGGGAGUGGCCAAGAAAUUUGGUGCCCUCUCCGAGAAUGUGGCCGGCAAGCGUUUAGUUUUAAUUGAUGAUUCCAUUGUCAGGGGCAAUACAAUUGGACCCAUUAUUAAGCUGCUUCGGGAUGCGGGCGCCAAAGAAGUGCACAUACGAAUUGCCAGUCCGCCUCUGCAAUAUCCCUGCUACAUGGGCAUCAAUAUACCCACGCGUGAGGAGCUGAUAGCCAACAAGUUGAAUGCCGAACAACUGGCCCGUCAUGUGGGCGCCGAUAGUCUCUCUUAUUUGAGUGUUGCUGGUCUGGUUCAGGCAGUCCAGCUGAAACAGUCGACGGGAGGAGAUGGGGAAGGCAAAUCAAAGGGUCACUGUACAGCCUGUCUGACUGGGGAGUAUCCAGGCGGUUUGCCCGACGAUUUGAGCUGGUGACGACUUUCCUCAUUCCCCGAAUACAAAUUCUUUGGGAAUUUUUGUAAAGAAAUCAAAGUUAUAUCUGAUUUAAAACUAAACUUUAAGCAAUUUAAAUUCGUUGAAUUAAUCUUACACAUUCAUCAUAUACUAAUGCUUCUACUAUUCUCCUCCUGCAGUAUCAAAAGCCAUAUAGAGUGCUCGAAAUUGCUGUCACAAAUUAAAACUAAUAAGCCCUGCAUUUAUAUAGAGUAUCCCAGAGUUAUAAUGGGAUAUGUUAGCCAUUCCUACAUAUACAUACAAACAAUUGCAUUUUGUAUUUGUUUUAGAUCUUAAGUAAAAAACAAAAGAAAGCUCUCUUUAUCUAUAUAUAUGUAUAUCUUACAAAGACAUUUUUUUUGGCUGACAUAUAGUACAAAAAGAAAAAAGAAUAUAUUAUCCUUCAAUAUUUAUGCCUUAAAGUGAAAUGCCCUUUAAUUUGUUUUUGGAUAAAUUACAAUUGCCAUUAAAUAAACACAAACGACAUUUUUUAGACCAAGAA